CACGGCGAGCGGCUUUCAGUCGUACGCCUUGCAAAGGACACCAAAGGUGGCGGCUCUGCCGUCUUUUCGCGUUGUAACCCACCUGCCAAAAAUAAGUGAAAAAAUUAUAUAUACCUUAGCCGUAAACCUCAGUCGGAACCGUCCAAGUGUGUCUGUGUGCACCUCCCGAGUCAUCGUUGUGGCUGUUGUGUGAUUGUUUGCGACUGGUGAGUCGUCGUCUCCCUGUGAUCUCCGUCGUGAGCGUCGUCAGCUGGAUCCCUGCGCCGCAGCCAUCGCCAUAUUGGAUUGUCAGCACUAGGCCUACCUGCGACAAGCCCAAGCGAGUCGUUUGCCCCGGGCCGUGGGUGGAAUCAAAGUGGCUCGUGCUCGGUUACCGGUCAAAGUGUGCUCCCACCCUCGCUGUUGGCUUCGCCACUGCUGGACUCGAAGCUCAUCAUGAGACUGGAGAUCCGAAGUGCGUCCGAAUUCCUCAUGAAUAUUCUUCGGCUCGGUCGGAACCUGGAUUCCCGACUGCUCGACGUGUUCCGAGGAACCUUAGAGGACUUGUUGCGGCACCACUACCAGCACCACUGGUUUCCCGAGAAGCCGUCUAAGGGCUCCGGCUACCGCUGCAUCCGAAUCAACCACAAGAUGGACCCGAUCCUGGCCAAGGCGGGCCGCGCUUGCGGCCUGCAAGAAGCUAGUCUGCGCGAGCUGCUGCCCAACGAGCUGACGCUCUGGGUGGACCCGCUCGAGGUGUCGUACCGCAUCGGCGAGAACGGAUCCAUUUGCGUGCUCUACGAUGGAGGCCACCACCACGCAUCCACGAGCAGCAGCAGCAGCGUGAGCAGCCACGGUGGGAGCAACAACAACCACUACUCGUUGCUCGCCAACUCGCCGCAGGGCGCCCUCUCCUACCAUCACCAGCACAACAAUCACCUGAACAACAACCACCACCACCACCACCACUACUCGGGCUACGAGCGCAUCGCGGCGCGGCCCGCGGGCUGCAAGGGUUCGUGGGACGCCGACCCGCGGAACAUCAACUUCGAGCCGAUGGCCACGUACGUGUCGAGCUAAAAGAGCGCCUAUUAUCUCUCUCCUAAGUGUGUGACAAGAGACAGACUGCCAAAAUGUACGCGCUUCAGUGCGUUUGAGGGUUGGGGGCCGCGGUGGGCUGCGCUUGCAGCCGACGCCGCCACUCCGCGCAUAUCCGACGGUUGAUGACGCCGCCUCCUUGUGUGAUAGACCGGUCGGCUUUCCUCGGCUGCCGGUCACCUCCGCCGAGCCGGCACGGACUCGUCGCGUUGAGUGCGCCAAGUCGUCCGAAUGAGAAAGCCGCCGGCUGGCUCGAUUUACCUCUGCAGCGUCGCUAUCGCCGGGCAGCGACUGUGGGCGCUGUGGAGCGCACCGGUGCGGUCGCUACCUGGGUAGUGUUUUUUUGCUUAAAAAAAAAAAAAAGAACGUACCGUGUUCGUUGUUCAGUGCGAGACCACCGGCGGCUUUCUCGUUUUCUUCGUCCGUCUUGCAACUGCUUCGCGCACGAAUCCAUGUGCAAAACCGUUGCCGGACCCGCUGUGGUGGCCGGGAGCCGAAGAAGCCCGGCUGUUUUGCGACGGCGAUCGUCCUCGGGAUCGGUACGAGUGCACACCCGUCUUCACCUACCGACAACUCCAUCUUCACGGUGACGGGACGGGGGUGCAUGGCGCAGUGGUGGGUUCAGCCCGCCUCCCAACCUGGAAGCCUCCUUCGCUUGGCCACAAGGGCUGGGAGGUAUGGUACAAUGUGAUCUCGUUAAAAAAAAGCAAACACAAACUUUUUUUGUUCAUUUAGAAGAAGGCCCCUCUCCGACUUUUUUUUUUUUUUUGAGACUUGUACACCGCAAUUAGAAACUUCGUCGUCGUAGUUGAUACGUGCUUCACCGGAGUGUAAGAAAAAAAAAUAGACUUUACUGAUGAAUGAGGCACCAACUACAGCGACGAAAGUUGUUGUUUUUUUUUUCAAACUUCGGUUACGUCAACGUCUCCACCACGUAGUGCGUGCGUGUGUUUUUUGUUUAUUUAAGUGAACGCGUGAUAAAAAAGAAGUGCUCUUCCUCUCCUUCUCACCCCCGGUUUUUUUUAUAUAUGUAUAAUUAUGUAUAUGUGUGUAUAAUAGUAAAAAUGCCAGCCAGUACUACACGAGUGAAGGUCAAAAAACAAAAACUUGCGUAGCGGCGAGAGAUGUUUUAAAAAGGAAAAAAACACAAAGUCGUGUAGGCAAUUGUACAAAAGAUACAAAGUGAAAUGCCAACAAAAAACACACCCCCAUACAAAGAGUUUUUUUCAGGAGAGUCAGGGGCAAAAGUGAUGUGUUUGAAAGGCGACAGACUGAUGCUGUUUGGAAUGUGUAUACCACCACGUCUCUCUCUCUCAAAGUCAGAGCAAUCACGUUUUUUGUGUGUUUGUGUGUACACAACCUGAGAGUACAAGUUUUUUCAGGGACCAUUGCCGCCCCCGAAAAUGCCCAUCUUUUUUUUUUCUUCGGAGAAGAAAAAAACAUGCAUCAAUGAAGAGAGUGCGCGAAAGGAAGAAAACACAAAACAUUUAUUAAACUAGUGUACAUCUUAGUGACGCAUCGGCAGAAGCAGCUUUGAGAAACGUAAAUACUACAGGGAAUUGAAAGUAGCGUCGAUUAACAAUGUAGAAUACACUGCUCAGGGCAAGGUGUUUUGAAAAACCAAGUUGAAAUUUUUAAUUAUACACAAGCCUAGCCGGUCAGUCAAGCUCUUUCGAAUGUCCCUUUUGAACUGACUUAAUUUAUGCGGCCGCUGCCAGAAUUGAGGAGAAACUCCAACGGAUGUUUCAGAAAAAAAGAACUAUAACACUGCGGUGAAUUGGAAGGUCUUCGAUUAUUUUUAAGAAACAUUAGACUCAUCAUUGUGCUGCUAAUUUUGUCAUAAAUUAGGGUGGGCGAGAUAAUUUCCUGCAUUUGUCACUGUAUCAACAUUUUUUUCGUUGUUUAUUAUUUUAAUGGCCUCAAUUCUUUUCCCCUUUCGUCGAUUGUCUCCCCCGCCCCCACGAGUAACUAUUUGCCGACACCACUGCUAGUUACUCUUACCAACCACUGUGAUCGCUGCCGCUACAGCCGUCAUUAUUACGUCGUCUUUGGUCGUCUCACCGCUUUUAAUGAAAGCAAAACGACACAUUUAAACCUACUGCAUUCUGUUUAGUUGACACCCCACGCUAAAAUGGAGUUUCACAACUCUGUUUUGUAAACUGGUCACCGAAAUGUUUUUUUUUUUUUUUUGCUUUCUCUCUAAUGUUUUUUUGCUGUCGCAACGGCGUGUUCAUCAACACGUCAAAGUAUUACUGCCCUGCCUAACUAUUACUUAUGUAUAGUUUUGCUCUACUGUUACUAUUUACCGGCCCACUGUGCCUGCCUGUGCUAAUCCACGAUUAGUUAUUUACCGGUGACUAUGUAAAAUUCAGUGUGUUAUUCUUUGCAGUUGGGUUCAGUCGUUGCAGUUCUGCGCCAAGCGUUUCAAUUGGAAGGGGCCAUAGAGAAUUGCAAGAUGCGUCAGCAGAUACUCUGGAUUGGGCAAUCUGCUGUUACGUUUUCGAAAUUGUUUGUGGACCCUAACACUUGAAUGCUCGAUGAGAAGGCAGUGACGGUACCCAACUUAGUUAAAACAGAGAUGUACUGAAAUCAUGCUUUUAUUCUACAUAUUGCCUUGUAAAGAAACCAUCUGUUGUAUUUUCUUUCUCUGGAUCCCUGCACCUUGUGUUGUCAUUCUGAAUCCUGAAACGGUCUUCUUGCCAUCCCUGUCUCCAGUGAUCCAGCCUACUCUCGCAUGAUGACCAGCCUAAGCAAAAAAAAAAAAAAUGGCCGUCUUGCUUGACCCGUCUCACCUUGCCUUGUGAAUCUUCUGUACAAUUCUCUCAUUUUCUUUUUCUUUCCAGAGAAAACAAACGUUUUAACAAUUGUGUAAAUGAGCGAAAGUGAUAAGAAUAUGUCGUCUUCAAAACAAAACGUGAUUCAUGAGAGAGUUCUCGAAACACAUUAUUGUUUUUAUUUUUAAAAUCGCGCAUUAUUUACAUGCUCAUCAACCACAAACACAUCGUGCGUCGUCGUCGUCAACCCUCGUAUGACUGAAACUGCAUUUUGCCAGUUUGUCUUGUAAAGAUUCAUUUUUUUUCUCUCUAUGUCUUGUAAAAAGGAAAGCUGUAUAAAGGCAUUAUGUAAAUGUACAGUCGUACAACUAUAGGAGAUUUUUUUGUACAGUAAAUAAACCUCGUGGAUGCAUUGAAAA